AUGUCGUGCGUUCAAGCUGAUGCUCGACUCGUGCUUGAUGCAGAUGGCGCUGCUGCUCAAGUCCUGUCGGGCACCCACAAAAGCACCCUCAUACAUCCGCAUCCGCAUCCACAUACAUCUACCGACAAGGAAAGGCAAAGCAAGAGAGAGGCCAGUCCUAACAUAGCCACAUUACAUGAAGAUCGCUCGCGCCUCCCCUCCGGAUCCUCCUCACAGCUAAUCCCAACCGACGUUGUACAUAUCUUUAAUAUCGCUGCUGCUGCUAUCAUACAGCUGCAAUAUCGACCUGAGUGGGUUGUGCAUCAUUUGGGACACGACUGUUUGACGGCUUCAUCAAUGGCUUUGGGAGCCCGCCCCAUGUGA